AUGAACUCUCACGACUAUCAGCACCUCAAUCUAAGCCGAAGUAAUUUCGUCAGGAUUCUAGAACCUCGCGUAAAAUCCAACCCCAACGACUCCCCCGAGCAUAAAACGCCUAGAUCUCUCAAAGACCGGAGCACUAGGCAACCCCAGGUAGAUGAAAGUGACUAUCUUCAAAAAGGAGGAAGUGUUAGAAAAAACCAGGGACUAGAUUUCGACAGCUCCACAAAGAAGCACCAAGAGGACUAUCAAGGAAUAUCAUAUAACGAGUCCAGAAAAAGGAUCGCGGGCCAAAUAAAGAACUCCCAGGACAGAUGCGUCUAUGCCUCCCCACCAAAAGCCGACCCCCCCCUUCCUCCAAGGGAUCAACUAAGCCCCGGGGGAAGGAGUCUUCUCCCCAACCGAGCCUAG